CAUAAUAGGUGAAAAGAAAACAAAGAGUAAAAAAAAAUGUGUUUGUUUUGUUCUCUUUGACCGAAUGUUUCAUCAAAAAAAAAAAAUUCAUUGAAUAUUAUUUUGAAUAAAAGAUAUGGAUAAAACGCCCGGAAUAAUACAACAACAUAAUACACCGACAACAAUUCAAGAAUCAACAUUUGAUGAUAAUUGUCCACGAAGACGUGCAUCAUCACGUUCGAUAAAACGAAAAAAAUUUGAUGAUGAAUUAGUUGAUAGUACAAGUACAUCAUAUCCAAAACAUCAACCAAAAUUUGAUCGUAAAUAUGAAUUAGGUGAAUAUUCGGAAAGUGGUUUUGUUGGUGGUAGUAGUUUUAAUGAAACGAUUAUAAAUCAAUCAAAUGAACCAUCAUCCUCAUCAUCAUUACCAUCAACACCAGCAAUUGCUGCCGGUAUUGCUACCAUUAUUUCAUCAUCAUCAUCAUCAUCGAAACGUCAAUCAUCAAAAUCAUCAUCACAAAUACCAUCAACACCAUCAUCAUCAUCCGCAGCAGCUGCUUCAUUAUCGUUAACUUCGAACGUAACGGAAAAAAAGAAGAAAAAUAAAAAACGUACAAUCGUAACAUCACAAUUGAUUGAAGAGAAUAAUUUCUGGAAACCAACCGAUGAUCUUGCAUUGAUCAUUAAUGUUGAGCAGACAAAUGAUUUACGAAAAGUUUAUGAUGGUAUAAAAUUUUCAAGUAAAUUUACCUAUUUAGAUAUUGAACAACGAUGGCGUUCAUUAUUAUAUGAUAAAAAUGUUAAAAAUCUUGCAUUAGCUGCCAUUCGGCAAUUACAUUCAGAUAUUGUUCAAUCGAUUGAAUCAAAAGCAUUAUUUAAUGAUAAUGAAGAAAAAUUAUUGAAAAAAUUAGAAUCAAGAAAAGAACCAACAUUAGAAUCAUUACAAGAAUUAAUUGAUAUGAAUUCGGAAAUAUUUCUGUCAAGUCGUACACCGAAAAUAUUAUUAAAACAAUGGAGAUUAUUAAAACAUUAUAAUCUACUUGAUGAUCAAUCAUUACAACCAUUACCAAGGCAUGAAAGUGUUGUAAAUUUUUCUGAAAUUGAAAUUGAAGUUAAAAAAGAAUUACAAGAAGAAAUGAAAAAUAAUGAAUUAAUAAUGAAUUCAACAAUUGAAUCAAAUGAAUUAAUGCAACAAGAAAUUAAACAUAGUAUGAGAAAAAAUAUGAUGGAAAUUCGAAUGCUAGAAAAUGAAUUACCAAAAUUUCAAAUAUUAUUGGAUAGUAUUACCGGAGUUGCACCAUCUGAUUUUGAUAAUAAUACAUAUGCUGUAUUACGUGGACGAUUAGUACGUUAUUUAAUGCGUUCAACAAAAAUUACAAUCGGUCGUAUAACAAAAGAUUUUGUUGUCGAUGUUGAUCUUUCAUUGGAAGGACCAUCAACAAAAAUAUCACGUUUACAAGCGAUAAUAAAUUUUCAAUCAACCGGAGAAUUUAUUAUUUAUAAUACUGGUAAACGACCAAUUUAUAUUGAUUCAAAACCAUUAAUAACACAAUCAUCAUUACAAAUUUAUCAUAAUUCAUUGAUUGAAUUUUCAUCAUUGAAAUUUUUAUUUCAUAUUAAUCAGGAUUUAGUUUUAAAAAUGCGUAAUGAAGUAUUACAAUCAUGUAAAUAA